CUUGAAUUCUAGCAUAGUUCCAAUAUAAAAUAAUUCCUCAACUAUUAAAUUAUUAUUAAUAUACAGCCAAUAGAAUUAAGUCAUUGAGUUUCUUUCCGUAAAAAAGAAUCUAUUCAUAUGCAGCUGUUGCACUCAAUAAACAAAAAACAAUCUCUUUUGCGUGCACUACCACUCAACACAAAAGAAAAGAAAAUGGAGAUUAAGGGGUCAAGGGAAUGGAACUUUGGUGUGGAGGAAGAAGAGCAAGGCAACACCGCUUCAGCCGUCACAGUCCGGGGAGUUCUCAAUACCUUGUACCAAAAUAUAAGAAAAGAUGAUAAUAACACACCUGUGGAUGUGGUCAUCCCUAUUGGCCAUGGUGACCCUUCUAACUUCCCUUGCUUUCGCACUCCCCCCACUGCUGAAGAUGCCGUUGUCAACGCCCUCCGUUCAGCCAACUUUAACUCCUAUUCCUACACCAAUGGUCUCCCAUCGGCUAGAAAGGCUAUUGCAGAGUACCUAUCCCAGGAUGUUCCAAACAAGUUAACCGUGGAUGAUGUUUUUGUCACACUUGGAUGCAUACAAGCUAUAGAAAUGAUAAUAACAGCCCUUGCUCGUCCUGGUGCCAAUGUUCUUUUUCCAAGGCCGGGAUUUCCCUACUAUGAAGCCCGGGCUGCCUCGAGCAAGCUUGAAGUUCGUCACUAUGACCUUAUUCCCGAACAAGGAUGGGAGGUUGAUCUGCAACAUGUUGAAGCUCUUUCGGAUGAGAAUACUGUUGCCAUGGUCGUGAUUAAUCCUGGAAAUCCAUGUGGAAGUGUUUACAAUGCCCAGCAUUUGGAGAAGAUUGCAGAGACGGCAAGGAAGCUUAGAUUUGUUGUGGUUGCUGAUGAAGUUUAUGCUCAUAUUUGUUUUGGAAGUACACCAUUUAUUCCUAUGGGAGUUUAUGCAUCCAUUGUACCUGUUCUAACGCUCGGCUCUAUAUCAAAGAGAUUGGGUGUACCUGGUUGGCGUCUUGGUUGGAUUGUGACAAAUGAUCCUGAUGGCAUCCUCAAAAAAUCUGGGCUAACCAGGAAAAUCAUCAAUUGUCUCGAUAUCUCAACUGAUCCUGUGACCUUCAUUCAGGUCAUACCCACGGUGAUCGGUCAUGAUCUUGAUGAAUUGCUUCUCAGCGAUUCAGCUCCUCCUGAUAAACUCAUAAUUGGCAACGACAAUCCUUUGUAUCUGCAAUGGCGUCGCAAGGAUCAAUUGUUGUUGUCCUGGCUCCGAUCCUCAAUGACAGAGGGAAUCUUGGCCACUGUUGCAUGCUACUCCACUUCGCGCUCUGUUUGGAAGGCACUUGAACAGAAGUUUGCUAGCCAAUCUAAGGCAAGAUUACUUCAACUUAAAUGUCAACUAACCAAUCUACAGAAAGGUAAUCUGUCAAUUUCAGAUUAUGUUGACAAAAUUAAGUUUGUAUGUGAUUCUUUAGCCAUUGCUGGACAUCCAGUUAAUGAUUUUGAUUUAAUCCUGCACUUGCUUAAUGGGCUUGGUCCCGAGUUUGAUUCUGUGGUGUCUAGUAUUACCUCUCGAAGUGAAAACUUGUCUCUGGAAGAAGUUCAAGCUCUCUUGAUGUCCCAUGAAUCAAGACUUGAAAGACACACCACGGUUUUGGACAUCUCUACGAAAAUGGCUGCAAACCUUACUUUGGGAUCAAGAACUGGGGGUAACAGACAUUAUCACAAUACUGGAAAGGGUCAACAUACGGAUAAUGCUGGAAAAACUGGUAAUCGUGGCUAUGGAUUCAGAUCUGUCAAUAACAACAGGCCUUUGUGUCAAGUGUGUAUGAGGUUUGGACACACAGCAGCUACUUGUCACUAUAGAUAUGACAGAAAUUGGGUCACUCCAAAAGCUCCCCACCCUCAGCCCCAAGCAAACCUUGCUGAACACACCAUCGAUUAUGAUCCUCAAGCAUUUCUUGCUCAAACAGUUCCGGAUUUUGGUGAUGAUGAAGGCUGGUAUGUGGAUACUGGUGCAACAAAUCAUAUUGCUCAGUCUACUGAUAAUCUUGAAUCUAUCAUUCCUUAUUCUGGCCAAGAAACCGUAGCUGUGGCUAAUGGUAAGAAACUGAUUAUUUCUAACAUUGGUAAAGCUACUCUUUCUUCCAAAUCUUGUUCUUUAAAUCUUGAUUCUGUUUUACAAAUUCCUACUAUCACUAAAAAUUUGGUUAGUGUUUCAAAGCUUACUAAUGAUAAUAAUGUUUUCUUGGAAUUUCAUAAAACUUGUUGUUUUGUAAAGGACAAGGAAACGGGGGCUGUCUUACUCAAGGGCAAAAUUAAAGAUGGUCUCUAUCUCUUAGGGGAUGAUAGUUCAAAUCUCUCUCAAAAGGCUCUUCAGGUGCAUUUGGCUACUGCUGCUAGUCCAUCUGUUUUCAGUUUGUGUCAAAAUAAAAAUUGUACUCAAGAUUGUACCUUGGUUGACUCUUCAACCUCUACUUGUAAUAAUCAAGAUAAUAAAGAGUCAUUUUCUUUCUCUCCAACUGUGUACAAUUCUACAGCUUUCAUUGCUCAAACUCUCACUGAUGUUAAUGUUUGGCACACAAAACUUGGGCACCCUGCACCUGAUACUUUAAGAAAAAUCCUCACCAAAGCCAAUAUUGCUUGUUCACUUAAAGAUCUUAAGUUUUGCAAAGCAUGUCAACUAGGCAAAAAUCAUAGAUUACCUUUUCCUCUAUCUCAAUCUCGAGCAACUCAACCUCUUGCUCUUGUGCACACUGAUUUGUGGGGUCCCUCCCACAUUCUAUCUAAAGAAAACUAUAGAUACUAUAUUGUUUUCAUAGAUGAUUAUAGUAGGUUUUCUUGGAUUUUCCCUCUUUCAAUCAAAUCUCAAGCCUUUGAAACCUUUAUAAAAUUUAAAAGCCUUGUUGAAAAACAAUUCAAUCUUCCCAUCAAAGCUGUCCAAGCUGAUGGUGGGGGAGAAUUCAGACCUUUUGAGAGAUUUUUAGCAGAUCAAGGCAUUAGAUUUCAGCAACCAUGUCCCCAUACACAUGAACAAAAUGGUAGGGUUGAAAGAAAGCAUAGGCAUAUCACUGAAACCGGUCUAACUCUUCUUGCUCAAGCUGGUCUUGAUCUUUCUUAUUGGUGGUUUGCGUUUCAAUGUGCAACUCUCUCUAUUAAUCGAAUGCCUACUUCGAUUCUUCACCAUAUCAGUCCUUUUGAGUGUCUAUUUCAUGAAAUCCCUGAUUAUCACAUUCUUAAGCCUUUUGGCUGUGCUUGCUAUCCACAUCUAAGACCUUAUCAUCAUCAUAAACUUGAACUCAGAUCUGAAGAAUGUUUGUUUCUUGGUUAUUCACCCAAACAUAAAGGUUAUGUUUGUGAAAAUGCUACUCACUUUUAAUGAAUUAUUAUUUCCUACUACUAACAAUACUCCUACUGUUGCUAAAGAAACAACUGAAACUGCUGGCUGUCCUACUAUGCAAUUUUCUACUGGUUUUCCACAGGUUUUCAGGUCUGAU